CAGCUGUCGGAAGGUGCCGAUUUGUGCGGGGGAGCGGCGCGCGCUGGGCAGAACGGCGGGGUCCGCACCGGCACCGGGACGGGCACGGAUACCGAUACACAGCGGCACCGGGACACGCAGCACCGGCACACACACACCGCACCGGCACUACCUCAGCGCCUGCCGCCGCCCGGGACACGCAGGGCCGGCCUUUGCACUGAAGCCAAGUGAAGCACCUCUCAACUGCACUGCACGCUGCUCAGCUGUGAUUCCUGUGGCAGCCAAACCUCUCUGUCACUGACACCCCGAGGGCUCUUUCUCCCCUCCCUGCCCAUCUCUCCUGUCGGUGCCUGGGAGCUGGUGCUCAGCAGUAGCUCUAUCUCCCUGCCCAUCCUGCUGGACUGCUCCCCACCAUGUUUCAGCGUCUCACCAGCCUCUUCUUCAGUGACAGCAGCACGCCAGAGGGCCUGGAGGAGCCCAAACCCUUUGUGGAGGAAGAGGAGGAGGAGGAUGGCUGGCUCAUAAUUGAUCUUGCAGGCAGCCGUGCCCGCCCCGGCCCCGCUCGCCGCGCUCCCGCUGCCGGCCCCGGGCGCUCGGCGCGGCCCCGCCCGGCGCCCCCCGGCCCAGCCCCGCCCCUGGCUGCUGCCCCGGCCCCGGCCGCUCCCUGCUUGAUGGACGAGAGUUGGUUUGUCACCCCUCCCCCCUGUUUUACUGCAGAGGAGCCCGGCCCCGACGGCGUGGGGAGCAGCCCCAUGGAGGACCUGCUCAUCGAGCACCCCAGCAUGUCGGUGUACGUGACCAGCACCCUCGAGGUGGACGGGGAGGGCCCCGAGGACGAAGCCGCAGAGGACGCUCCGGAGGCGCGGCCGGAGCCGCCGGUGCCGCAGCGCGGGCGGGCGCUGCCGGUGAAGGCGGCGGCGCUGGACAAGGCGGGGCAGGCGCAGCGGGCGCAGCGGGCCCGGCAGCUGGCGGAGCGGCACCGCCUGGCCCAGAAGGCGCUGCAGCGGCAGAACCGGGCCCGGCAGCGCCCGCCCCGCCGCGCCAAGCAGCUCCCGGGGGCCUUCGUCCACCAGCCCUGCCAGCGCCACUGCAACUACUGACCUCGCUCCGCCGCCCAGGGGCUGCCCCGGCCCCGGGAGCGGCCCCCACGGACACCGGGGACACGGCGGCGGCUUCGCUCCGCACCCCGCGCCCGCACGCCUGACCCGCGCUCCUCAUCUUCCCCCCGUCCCUUCACCGCGCCCCCACCCUCGAUGCCGGCUGGGCCGCGACCCCGGAGCCGCCGGCAUGGAGCCCACGCUGCCCUGCCCAGCGUUCCCGGGGAAAUCGGAAUUCCCGGUGAAAUCACCUGUUCCUGAAAUCACCCGCUCCCGGUGAAACCCGUCUGUCCUGAUAAGCCUGUGACAUCAGUGCCUUUCCUCACAUCACGACUCCAUGUACAGCCUGGCUGGGAUGUCACAGAGACAUCGAGCAGGAGUGACAAGAGCAAUGAAGCCACAAGAUUUGGGAUUUUUAGGAAAAUCUCAUCAAUGACACUAAAUAUCGCUUCCGCCCUGCAAAACCAGCAAACACUCCUCCCCCUCCUUGAUUUCUUAGCUACAUUUUACCGUGAUAAGAUAACGCCCCACUGCCAGUCCUAAAGGGGCUUGUGGUUGAAAGCGCUGGUGGAAUCUCCAUGGCUGGGUCAGCCAGGCAGCUCCUGGUGCCUCACGGUGUUGUUUUUUUUAACAACCUUAAAAGGAAUCUCAGGAAUCAAAGCACCGUCCCAGCGCCGCGCGCGCCGGAGCCUUGGCUGCCGUGCCAGGAGGGGUGCCCAGCCUGGGGUGGCAUCACCCUGCUGGGGGUUCCCUCUGAGCAGCCCUUUGGCCCUGGAGCAGUGACUGCCCCGGCCCCAGCUGUGUCCCAGGGGUGCCCCUGUAUCUGUGUGUGUAUUUCUGUGUUCCUGGAUGCUCAGAGGAGGCUCUGUGGAGCCGAGGGUCGCUGUCUGCCCGGUGUUUGUCCCCAGCAGGGGACAGGAGGCAGGAUCUGCACAGCUUCCCCCAGGUGGCCAAAGCACGUCCGUGGUGGUGGUGAGGAGAUGCUGAAGAGGAGGCUUGAGGAAAGAGGCUGAAGUAAGGACAAAGAUGGAUCUGGGAGCCACUGCAAUGGGUCAGGAUGGGGCAGGCCUGAGUGAGAGGAUUGCUGUAAUAGGAGCUGUGACAGAGGCAUCUUCUUUCCUCGCUAAAAAUGGCAUCCUUUCCUUCCAUCCCCACGGCCCUCCUGCCCCUUUCCUGUGAAGGGCCAAAUUCACUGCUAGGCAAUGCUAAUUUCUAAUGUAAAUCCCUCCUCUCUCCCUGAUGGACUCCUUCUGCCUUUGGAAGAACAUGGUCCAGGCUUUUCACUGGCUCCAGCACCAGCUGAGACACAUUCAAAUCCAGCAGAAAUUUGCUGAUCUCCCCCAGUUUGCUCCUCUUAGGAACUGGUUUUGUACCCUCUGCCCUGGGAAAGUGUCCUGCUCGUGACCACAUCCUGGAUUGCCACCCUCUGAGACAAGACUCCCUCACAAUACUCCUGAAAAUUCUGAUUCACCAGAGGUUCUUCCACUCACCGUGUUGCAUCCCUUAAUAUCAGCUGGGGAUCUUGCCUGAAGGAAUUGUGGUGAGCCCAAACUGAGACAGCUGAUAGUUAUUAAUUCUUUUAAUGAGAUUAAAGCCAAAAUGAACCUUCUUAGUAGCAACAGCCCCUAGCUCCGGGCCAGGCAGCCUGGGCCAUAGCAGCAGCUGCUGCUGCUCCCCGGCAGCAUUUCCCCUUCUCUGCUCUGCCCUGGCUUUCCCAGAGCUGCAUCCCGAGAGGGGAACGGCGAGCCCUGGCAUUGCCCCCCAGCCUCUGUCCCUGAGAGCGCCCCGAGAUCGCCCUGCAGUGAAGAGAUGGCAUCUGCUGGCUCCAGGGCAGCGUUUACAUCCUGGGGCUUCCUGGCCUUCACACUCAAUGCCUUUGUGUGCCCUGCAGCGGUGCCUGGGCUGGGCUGGGAGCAGGGCCCGGCUGUGAUGGGGAGUUUCCUCUCUGGCCCCAGCACACACCAAGAAGGGCAGAAGCCAAGCACUGUGCAGCCCCCAGCUUGGUCUCACUGCAGAUUCUCCUGCUGCCAGUGCCUCUGGAGCACUCCAGAAAGCAGAGGCUGGCUGUGCCCCCCUGCCCCUCGGCAGCUCCCAGCGGAACAGGCUGGGGCAGCAGUGGCCCCAAGCAGAUCCUGCCCUGUCUCACCUGCCAGGCUCUCCUGUGCCUGCCCAGCUGCUGGAGAUGGUACCCCAGGAGAAAUCCCUUAUGGAAAUCCUCCCGUGCACCCUUCUCCUCUGCUGUGAGCCUGGGGAUUUGUCUCAGCCUGGCACUGCCACCAGCACCCAGCCCCCCGUGCCCAUUUCAAACAGGUGAUCUUCUUCCUCUGUCCCGGUUUUCAGAAGCAAAUUCAAACUCUUUCUGUGCCAGUCUGAGAUGUCUUUCAUCACUCUGUGCCCAGCCAGCACAGGAGAUGAAGCAGGACUAUUACCACCACACUUUAUAUCCAGAGUAUGUUUAUAAAAUGUUAAUAAAUUAUUAAUAAUGUUUUCAUGAACAGGUUAAUCCAGACCCUGAGCCUCUGCUGGGUCAGCAGAGUGCACAAACCACAGCAAAUGAGCUCCUGCAAGUCCCCUCUGUUGUUUGCAUUCUUGCCAUGUAUUAACACCUCACGCUCGCCUGCCAACCCUUGCCAGGCCACUGUCACCCCCAGUGUCACCCUCCCCUCCCUGUGCUCUGGUCAACCUGUGCUUUGCAGACCUGCAGGGUUCUGCUCCUGCCCAGCAGCAAGCACAAGGCCUGCCCUUGUCUCAGGCCUCCUGCCCAGUGCUGCCAGAGCAAGAAAAUCCCUUUCCACUGAAGUUUUUUGUCUCCUCGAAUCUUAAAACAAAUGAAAGGUGCUUAAGAACUGAGAACUUCCUGUGUGUGCACCCAUUUGCAUGUGUAGAUAUUUCAAAGCCCAGUGUGGGUGUUCUGUAGCUUGUUUAGGGGUUGAUUUUUGUAGGGGUUUGUUGGGGAUUUGUUUUGCACCCAGUAUUUGUGAUGCACUGUGUGGUGCUUCCAAUGGGAAGGUUCUGGUUUGCAGGGAGCUCUUGAGCUGGUUCUGCUGGGACAGGUGGGGUGAAUUUUGCUUUCUUUUCUGUACUUGUGUAAGGAGAAACUACAGCAUGGACUCAGGGACAAACCAAUAUGCUGGGGUCUUUAGAAAUGUCUUUUUCCCAGGCUUCUCUGUUAGGAUGUGGGGUUUGGCUCUGGGGUGCUGCAGGGAUGUGGCUCGGGCAGCACGUGGUGGUGACAGGAGCUGCUCUGACACUCCUGUGUGACAAAGAAAUUGUGGCCAUUCCUGGUGGGAUCAUUCCUGGGCUGCAGCUCCUCUUCAUGUGUUCAUGACCUGAAAAUUCACCUUUACAGCCAAAUUUAGACUGGCUUGUGACCAAGCAGGUACAGAUUUUCAGCACUGAGCCUCCUGGGGUUUGGGAAGUGCAGCAGGGCUGUGUGUUAUGGCCUGACCCACCACAUCUCUGGGGUCAGGGGACAGCAGGAUGGGGAAGGCAUUGAAAUGAUCACCUGGGGACACGGUGAUGCAGGCAACUGAAAGAAAUUUUUGUGUUUCUUGCAAUGAAAGCAUAAAAAAGGGCAGAAUUCCCAGUGGAGAGGCGUGGGCAAAUCCCUGUUCAGUAAAUGCCAGCUUUGCUGUGCCGUGUGUCAGUGCUGGGCACUGGGGCAGGCUGGGACAGCGCUCUCAGCAGUGCUGGGCUUUGUGAGCCCCCUUCUGCAGGGGGGAAUGUUCCCACCCCUGGAGCCCCCGUGGUGCAGGGAUGUUCUCCCAGUGAGAUUUGCUCUGCUUGCCUGGCUCUGCUCUGGCAGAGGAGCAGGAUGAGCCCUCAGGGUGUGCUGGGACAGGAGGGACAGCCCUGCUGGGGAAAUGCCUCCCCUUGGGCUGCCCCAGGGCUGUGCUGGCUGCACUGGCCAAGCUGUGGCCAUGGCACACUCAGGGCCCCUCACCAGCAGCCACAACAAAGUUCCACACCAAAUUCUGGCUCUUGCUUGGCACCACAGGGCUGGAGGGAUGCCAAGGGAGUGGGGGCAAAAUCCUCCUCACCUGUUGCUCUGAAACUUGCACUCACAAAUGCUCUUUCUAAGAAACUGCUGCAAAAGCUUGGUCUGGAAGGAAAACAAUUCUUUCCAUUGGGGUCCACCUUUCCUUCUCAUUGUGCAGAACAUCAAUGCAUGGCUCAUCUCAAAGAUCACUGCUGCAGGAAUCUUCUCUCUUUAGGCUUGUUUCUCAUCAAUAAUUUUACAUUUACAUCAUACUGGUACUUUUUCCUCUUCUAUUCAGCCCUAAUGGGGAGCAAAACACCCACUUAGAUGUCUUACCACACCAGCAAGGAAAAAAAAAAAGGUAAAAGAUAAAAAAACACUCCAGUGAGGUUCUAGGCUUGAGUCCCACAGCUUUGUAGUUGCCCCUCUGGAUCAGUAUCAAUUCCGUUGCCCUGCAUAAAGUGGAAACUAAACUUCAUGUGAAUUUAUUGAAAAACAAGUGAGUCCCCAAAGAUGAAACAUCUAAUAAUUAGGAAGCAGUAAGAAGACACAAGUCACCUCAAGCCAAGAGAAAUGGUUCUCAGAAGGCAGCACCAGCCCCACUGCCCUGGGAAUGGCUGUGGCUGCCCUUGAGUGUUCCCUGAGUGUCUGGGUUGGAACAGGAGGCCAUCCACGUCCAGCUGGUGCCACAGGGACCCUCAAGCCACCAGGGAUUGUCAGCUCCAGCACUCCCAGCCUCCAGUUUGCUGCUCCUCCUUUGCUGCGUGCACUCUGCAAGGGCUGCUGGUGGCAGGAGGGGAGCAGCAGCAGCCCAGGGUCGCCCCAGCUCCUCAGAGCUUCUCCACCAUGACUGUGGUGGCCCCCUCAGCACAGCUGAUGGCAGGACCAGAUCCUGAGGAGGGACAUCCUCAUCCACCCUGGCAGCAGCUCCCUCCCAGGGCACUGCCAAGGCACAGGAAUGGCCUAAAAGGGGCUGAUCCCCUCAGGGCUUGUCUUCUUCAGGGGGGAGCUUCCCACCUUCAGACCUGCUCCAAACAAAGUCAGGAACCUCCUCUUGGCCUCAGGGGCUCCAUCCCUGUCCCACUGCCAUCCCUGGAGUGGCCGCCACAAGCUGCCUGGACGUGGCUGUAGGAGCUGGGUGCAGCAGUGGGAGGGCUCUGCCUGCCUGAGGAGUCCCCUCUCUGCUGAGAGGUGUCCUCAGCCCCACUGGACAUGGCACCUUCUCCUUGCUGGUCUCCAGGAUCCCAGAGCCCCCCAGCCCUGGGCUCUGGGCAGCUGCCCACACGUGGCCAGGAGGUCUCCCUGCUCCAUCUGCCUCCUUCGUGCUUCUUGAAAACCUUUGGCAUUGACCCAUCACCCUCUCCUUGCAGCAAUGAGGAUGAUGAGGACGAGCAGCUCCAUUCAAUAGCAAAGGAGGCUUUUCUGUGUGAUCAGUUUUUCAGUUCUGUGCAGAGUGGUGGCACCCAGGUGUGUCCCCUGUCACUCAUUCUGAGCUGACACCUCCCAGGCUGGCGAGGGGGCUGCUUUUCCACCCCCAUCUCCUGUACAGGGAUGCUGCCCAUGCUCCAGAGCACAAAAAGAGCUGCAGAGAUCUGACUUUGUUGCAGCUAAACCUGAAAAUCCUUCUGCCUUCCACUCUGACCCUAUUUCAUUGCAUGGAGCAGGGAAGAUUUUAUUCUCUGCAAAUGAAGGGGUAAAUUCUAAGUGCAGCACAGUAAAUUCUAAGUGUAGCUUAAAAUGGGUUGCACAGGAGAGCCCAAAGCUCCUCUGCUCUUUCACAUUCACCUCAUGUACCCUGGCUGGGGAGCUGGGAGCAGCUCGAGUCUCCCUGAAUUGUUAUCCUCAGCUUUGUGCUUUGGGGAGUCUGGGGAUGGGGGAGCAGCACAAGGUGUAGCAGUGACAUUUCCUCUUGUGUCAGAGCUGUCCUUGCUCAGAGCACUGCAAUAUUCUCUGUGUGUGGAUCCACCCCUGGUACCUGCUUGUGAAACUCUUGCCCACACCUUGCCCUGCCCCGUGUGGGGCUGACUGACCGUACAUGUGCCUUCACCCUUUUUCAUGGUUUGGCAUCUUUUUUUAACACAAUUACAGAACUUGAAAAAAAUCACUGAACUGCAGUUACAAGUCCUAUGCAAGAGGUGACCAGGGAGUCAGUUUUUGGUAUUUCUGUGUUUCUGUGUUGUUUUCAAAGUCACUGUGGGGUUUUUCAGAGAACCCCAAUGGAAUGAAUGCCCCAAAAAGUUUGUUUUGGCUUUUUUAUUUUGUUUUGUUGUUUUGUGGGGUUUUUUUUGGUUUUUUUUUUGUUGUUUUUUUUUUUUUUUCCUAAAAAGCAUUUAGCAUUUUGGAUAUACUAAAUCUCUUAGGCAGCUUUGUAAAGCUCUAAACCCCAUUUGCCCCCGGGGCCGUGUUUGGAGAGCGAGCAGGAGCAGGAGCAGGAGCAGCAGGACGGAUGCAGGAGCGCCAGGACAGAUGGACAGAUGGACAGAUGGACAGAUGGCUGUUCCGUGGCCGGACAAGGUUGCCUUAAGCCUUCCCUGCAAUGCCCUGGAGAGUGCUCGGUGCCCUCCCGCCUGUGCCCGGCUCUGCCAGCUCUGGCUCAGCCCCCAGGGCUGGGAGAAGCGUCAGGAACCCCCCACGUUCCUGCAUCCCCUGUGCUGUAGGACUGAGACCCGUCUGGAACCCAAGCUAAGGAAAUCCGUCCUCCUCUGUGUUCCGUGUAACGUUGGUGUGAGCAGGGUUCGUAGGAAGGGGCGUCUCCUCCUCGUAGGACAUUGUGUAAACAUUUGCUGUGUGUCGACUGCCUGGGACACAUCGUGUAGUGUGCCUGUGUGUGUGUAACCUGGUUUUGGUUGUUAGGUUGUAAUGCUGUCUCUUGACUGAAAAAAAAAAUCUAAUAUAAAGAAAAAUCACAAGAAAUAAAAAAAAUAUAUAUUUAAAAUCUA